AUGGCGUCAUGGGCGCUGCUGUGCCUGGGCGGCGCCCUCGUGUACUCGCAGCUGCACUCGCUCUCCCUCACGGAGGGCUCCAGUCCGGCACAGGGACAGGCCACCACGCCAGGGCCGCCGGAAGAGGAGCAGCCGGUCACGAAGGAUUGUGGAAUAGCACCACUUAGAGGUGCUCUGGAAGGGUCUCGGAUUAUAGGAGGUACACAAGCUGAUGUUGGCGCGUGGCCGUGGCAGGUUAGCCUGCAGGUCCAAGAUGGCAACUUUCUUAUGCACGUAUGUGGUGGUGCCCUGGUGAGAGACAGGUGGGUCCUCACGGCUGCUCACUGCACUAAAGAGGCGAGAGAUCCUCUGAAAUGGAGAGCAGUGAUCGGGACCAAUGACCUCAUCCAGAACCACUACUAUAGCAAGAAUAUACGGAUAACAGCCAUCGUCAUCCCACCGGGUUUCAUUAUGGAAACGUUCGCGAACGAUAUCGCGCUGUUCCGUCUGAAGAGAGCCGUGAGGUACAAUGACCGUGUUCAGCCCAUUUGUCUACCUUUUGGUGUUUUCCAAAAACUGGACCAAAACACAGCGUGUUUUAUAAGUGGCUGGGGAAGAACCAAAGAAGAAGGCAAUGGCACAAACGUUUUACAAGAGGCGAAAGUACACUUCAUCUCUCGGGAGGUUUGUAACUCUGACAGGAGCUACGGAGGAGUGGUUCCUAACACUUCAUUCUGUGCAGGUCACGAAAAUGGGACCUUUGACACCUGCAGGGGUGACAGUGGUGGCCCGCUAAUGUGCUACCUACCAGAGCACAAAAGAUACUUCGUGAUGGGAAUCACCAGUUACGGACACGGCUGCGGGCGGAGACAUUUUCCUGGUGUCUACAGCAGCCCAUCCUUCUUCCAGCAGUGGCUGACACACUAUUUAUCACAGGGAAACACCAAGCGCCUGUUUAAUAUGGACCUGGUGCUUGGCCAGGUCCUCACAGUCCUAGGUUCUGUCAUCCUUCUAGGAGUAACAUAA